AUGAGGGGUUUGCACGCCCCUUCUCUGACGCAGAAGUUGUACAGACCCUGCGCGCUUCAGUUCAAUCGGCCUCGGCUGCUCCACAGUUGCCCCGUGACAUCUGCCCGUCAGUGUGGAACCCUGCGCUGGACCCGAGAGCAGCAGCAGAGCGUGGAUGUGGACUUGUUGCAUGGGAGUAAAAUCCUCUAUCCUCUGUCCAAAAUGUGUGUUGGAGGUAUCUCAAUGUCCCUCGCCAUUAUCCUGGCUUUACUCAUGGUGAUUAUUGACGUAAAGGCCACGGGAGAGUACUGUCAUGGCUGGUUGGAUCCCCAGGGAGUGUGGAAAGAGGGUUUUCAGUGUCCGGAGAAGAUAGAUGGAGCAGACUCGAUCAUCUGCUGUGGGAAAUGUGAGCUGCGCUACUGUUGCUCCAGCACCGACGCACGCCUGGACCAGGGCAGCUGCGACAACGACCGGCAAACUCAGGAGCCCAACAACGGCAAUAAAGAGGGCAAGGAUUCUGGAGCAGUGCCCAUCUACGUGCCCUUCCUGAUCGUGGGCUCGGUGUUCGUGGCCUUCAUCAUCGUGGGCUCUGUGGUGGCUGUGUGCUGCUGCCGCUGCCUCCGUCCCAAGCAGGAGCUGUCGUCAGGGGCAACAGGAGGCGGGACAAGCGGUGGGCGCAUGCUGGAGACCAUCCCCAUGAUGUCCAGCAGCAGCACGUCCAGAGGCUCCUCAUCCCGACAGUCCAGCACAGCCACCUCCUCCAGCUCCUCUGUCCCUUCUGCCCCCCGCCCCGCUCCCCCUGCCAUGAUGCGGGCGCAGGCCUCCUGCUGCCUUCCUCCAGACGCCAGUGUCUUUGUCAACAUGCCCACCAACUUCUCCGUGCUGAACUGCCAACAGGCCACACAGAUCAUGCCUCAUCAGGGACAGUAUCUGCACCCACAGUUCAUCGGGUACGCUCACCCCGUCUCCCCCACGCCCACGUUCAUAGACUCUCAGGGGGGCUACAGGCAGCUACAGUCCCCCCUUCCUCCCCACAAUAUGGGAUCCAGUGUUACGGGAGACCAGAAGUUCCCCCCAGUUACUGUAUGA